UGGUGGUGUACAGGUGAAAUAGAUGCGACCGAAGUGGGUUGUUUGGGUAAAAAACCCACACGGCGGAGCUAGGGCUUCUAAUCGUCUCGCUCCCAAUUUCAGCCAGGUCUUUCGGAUCGAUCAUGAAGCAGGAGAAAGUUUACUAUGAUGCCGCACUAAGUUACUUCAAUCCAUGAAAUGGAGGACAAUAACGGGCUCGAGCUCAGCUUGGGUCUUUCUUGUGGUGGGUUGUCGGGAAAAAAUAAGGGUAACAAUUCCGGUAACGCCUCUGACAAUCAUAAGGUAGAAGGAGGUGAUAUAAGUAUAAGCUCCAAAGUGAUUGAUGACUUGAAGAAAUUCCUUCAGUCAAACUCUCAAAGACAGGAUCCUAGUUCUUGUUCCAGGAGAAGUGAUUCGGAUAAAUCUCCGCAGAAUUUCUUCACUGACCUCUCCAAAGCUCCUACCGCUGAUGCUGAGGCUUCCGCAAAACCUUUUUCUGCGGAAGACGAGACACAGAAAGAAGCAGGAAACAAAAGGAAAUUCUUGUCCCUAGAGAAGAAAAACGAGAAGGAUGUGCCUCCUAUUGAUCUGCGCGAGAAAAAGAUGAAAACAUCGCAUAUUUCCAUAGCGACGGAUGAAGGAUCAACUGCUGAAAAUGAAGAUGUCGCGGAAUCCGAAAUCGGUACUUCUGAUGCAUCGAAGAAGAUCGGUCAAUGGAAGACCGGCAGCGUUCCUUUGCCACUGCAUCCGAUUGAUGUCCCGAAUUCUCCUUCCCCUUUACAAGCGAAAGAUUCGGGUAAUGCAACAAGUGUAGGGCAACCCGCUAGUUCUGGGAAUCUACCAAUUGUCUUCGAAUACUCGACGGUUCAGCUCCCGACAUUAGAUAAAGAUGGUGUCACUCCUUCUCGACCUCCUUACCCGGACAGAGGCAUGCCAAACUCAGAAGGCUCGUCUAAUCAAGCCAAAGAAGCAAAAGGCGGGGCAAGAGACGGAAAUGGAGAUGAAACCUCGUUCCCCUUCGAGUUCUCGGCCAUAAAACUGGGCAUAGAAGCAGGCGUGAAGUUCGGUGGUUCGGGUUCGCUCCCGAAUCUGCCAUGGGUAUCCACCACAGGUUCAGGCCCACAUGGCCGAACCAUCUCUGGUGUGACGUAUCGUUACAACCCGAACCAGAUCAAGAUUGUGUGCGCCUGCCAUGGCCACCACCUCUCGCCGGAAGAGUUCGUGAGGCACGCCAGCGAAGAGCUCGUUAAUCCGGAAUCUUCAAUCGGCCUGAGGGCUGCUUCUGCUCACAGCUAAGUAUAAAAUCCUAGAUUAUGUUUUUGGUGUAGAUCGCUUUUAGGGUUUUGUUGUGUGAUGAUAUUUUCUUCUUGUACUCGUUCAGAGAUCAGUUUCAGUUUCAGCUCCCAAGUUAUGGGAGAUGUAUGCUUUGUAAUGUAGUGUUACUAUAUUUGAUCAUAUCAUAUCUUCGCCCUGUGUAAUGUUACUUUGUGUUUUUUUUUGUGGAAUCAUACGUCAUUUAAAUUAUA